AAUAAUCUAGAAUUAUUUUACUUAUUCUAGAUCUAUUAUUAUUAUUAUAGUGUUAUAGUAUAAAUUAUACUCUGUCACUCUCUGUCUAUAGUAGAAGUAUAGUCAGUAUAGUGACAGUAUAGUCACUAUAGACGUGUGUAACACUAACAGUGUAGUUUCUUCCCUAGUGCUAUUAGAGCAUGGAAUGGGUUGCCUGAGCUAGCAAGGAAAACCAGUGACUUGGCUGAAUUUAAGUCAUUGGUUAAUAUGCAUGACUAAAUGCAUGACGCGUAGGACGUAAUCAUCUUCUUUUUUGAAUUUUUAGAAGAUGUUAGUGCAAACGAAUGAUUAGCUCAUAAAACUAUCAAAUAAAUGACUCUUAAAUUUCCAUCAAUUCAUCUUUUAAAACAACGCUAAAAAAUGCAAAGCCAGGUUCAUUCAAUUCACAAAACUCAGGAGACAGAAGAGAAAAAAAAUGAAAAUCAUAACUGCAACAAUGUCGAUAAUCUCCUUGCCAGUGUGGUAACAGAGCCGAUAUCAGCUGGAGAUGGAGACAAAGCAGACACAGGUAAAGAAAAUGGAAACAGUCCUAGCAAGGUCACCAAGACAAUCACUGCGCUGAAACCUUUGGAGAUAGAAGAGAAAAAAAGAUUGCUGUUGGAAAAUUGUGUCGAAACACUGCGCUCUAUUACAAAGUCUUCUGCCAGGGAAGCCGACGUGGACAAUGCACCGUUCACUCAUAAAUUUCGUAAAAGCGUCCUCCAUGUGGCUAAAGCCUACUUUGGAUUCAAGGAGGGAGAAGUGCCUUACUCUGUCAUCCAGGAACAUAGGGAAACAAUUGCUAGAGCAUUGGUGGAGCAUAAUAUUGUGCAUCUUUUGUGUGACACUCUGUCAGAAGUGUUAGUGCGAGAUGACUACUCAACCUCUGAGGGGAAAAUGAUCGUCAAUAACUGGUUUCCCAUGAAGAAUAUCAUUCUGACUUUGUUAAACUACAGCGAUUGUAAUGAUCAGGUCAAAAAAAUUAUAACAGAGCAUAGCCAAGUUUUGUCACUGAUUCUCAAAUUUCUCAGUGAUAAACUGCAAAGAUACCUGAACAGUGAAUUGACAGAAGACUUUGAAAAAAUGUGUAAAUGGUUUUUGUCCAUUGUUCACAAUUGUGGAGCCUUGAAAGAAAACCUCCAGAGGUUACGAGAGCUUAACGUCAUUCAGACAGUACUACCUUACCUGGAUUCUCAACAUGAAAGCCAUAGGCUGACUGUGUUAGCCAUCCUUGCUGAUCUGAUCAAUGAAGAGGAAGCCGAGCUGCUUUGUGCUGAUGUCACACUCUUUCAGUUCAUCCUCAAGUCAUUGGACAAGGCUCUGUCCACAGAGAGUCACAAGAACCUGGGCUGGUCAGCGCAAGAACUGACCAGGGCUGUCAAACAACUGGCUCGAAAUGAUGCCAAUAAGGAAAUUCUGGUCCAUGAAGGUUGCUUGCCUAUUCUUGUGAAACUACUGGACAUUGGGACAGAGGUAGAGCUUCAUGAAGCCAUUCACUGUCUGUGGGCUCUGUCAUUCAAUUUAAAGAACAAGAAGAGAAUGAUGGAGGAGCCAGAGCUUGUGGACAAAGUUUACAAGGGUUAUCAAACUGCAGACAACGGCUCAUUGAGGCAAGCUUUCCAAGGGGUUCUCUGGUCACUGAGAGAGGAGUUGGUCAAAUCAAGCCAGUUUCAAGCUAUUGGAGCUGAGAUUGGUCAUUUACAAAAUAAAGUUACAUCCAAUGCCGAACAAAGGGAGCAAACAUUUAAAGGCCCCAGUGACAUUAUGAAAGGCCAUGUUAUGAUAAGCUACCAGUGGGCCAAUCAAGAUACAAUCAAGAAAAUAUGUAGUGAGCUGAAAGCCAAUGGGGUUCAAGUCUGGAUCGACAUUGAUAACAUGGGAGGCUCCAUCAUUCAGGCCAUGGCGGAGGCAGUGGAGGAUGCUAACCUUGUCAUUUUAGCAAUGUCUCAGCUGUACAAAGAUAGUCCUAAUGCCAGAGCUGAAGCAGAGUAUGCAUUUCAGCUGCGCAAGAAAAUUGUUCCACUGAUCAUGCAAAGAAACUACAAGCCAGAUGGCUGGUUAGGUUUUGUUCUUGGCUCCAAGCUAUACUAUGACUUCAGUGGGAAGUAUCCAUUUGACGUUUCCAUGAAAAAGUUGCUGAAAGCUGUACUAGAACCUGCCUAUAAUGAUGAUGUGGACAGCCAGCCUUUGUUGAAACCAACUCAUAAUAUUGCCCUGGAUACACAACCACAAAAACCACCUGCUGCUUCAGUUGAUUUGGUGGAUCAAUUAAAAACUUGGACCAGUUCAGAUAUCACAAAAUGGCUGACCAAACACAAUCUGCACAUGACAGAGUUACAGAACUUGAGUCAACAGGAAAUUAUUUUCUUAUACAACUUAAAGCAAGAGGAGUCAAUCAAGCUUCCAGACCACACCCAGCCAUCAGAUUACAGUGAUGUACAGCCCAAGUCCUAUGAUCCUGAGUUUAUAUCCCAGAUAAGUAGCAAAAUGCAAGUUCCAGACAGGAUAUCCGUGGGCUCUGAUUUUGAAGCCAGAGAAACUAAACGGUCAGACUUUGCUGACAUGUCCAGCUUUGUAAGGAUGACUGUGCCAGAUAGAAUAGUUUUGGCAGGGGAUAACCAGCAUAUCGGUCUACGGCAGGAUCUGGAGCUGGAACUGCCAGCCAAUGCCCAUACAACAACUGACAUGUCCUACGUUGGCCUUAUAACACCUCCACGGAUAUUGACACUAGAGGAGAGGUUUCCGGUAGUUGAUGUGACUGAUGAGCAGAAAGUCCUGGAUGCCCAAGGAGGACCCACUAAACACAACUUCGUUGCAAAUGGGCAUGUAGUUGGGCCUAUACCAUACGAUCCUGGUGUCAAUUUGAAUGAUUCUGUGCUACUAAAUGAAGAGAAUGAAGCUACGUUACUUAGGACUCAGGUAGCAAAACUAACCAGGCGUGUUCAGGUGAUUGAGCAGGACAACCAGCGGAGAGCCAGCCGUGAGCUGGUCAUGUACCCUCUGAUACUGGGCUACUUUCUAUGGAAACUGUUGGGCUGGUUCACCCGGGAUAGAUGAGGACUUGAACCUCAACCUAUUGAACAUAGCAGUAGGAGUGGUUUGAAUAGAGGUCUGCUUAAUCAUUAGAUUAUUAUUGUGUAAUGAGUUAGUUAUCACCUACUCACAACCAGCGGUUACAUAUUGGACCAUUUAUGUGAGGUACUUAUUUAAGUAUCAUUUGCUGUCAUUCUAGAUUUUGAUUUAACGUUUUUUUAAUUGCACAUAACAUUUCAUGAAACUUUUGAAACUCCAAAAUUUCAAUCAUUUUGAAAUGUACGUGUUGAUAGAUUUAUACUUUCAGAUAGUUAACAUGGCUGAUCAUGCAUAUGUGUAUUUAUUGAAUUGUCAGUGCUUUCAUAAAUCCUGAAAUGUGAUUUGGAGUCACAACCUUGACAUAUUACCAGUUCACAUUUUUUUUUUUGGCCUUUUUUGUAUUGAUCUAGAUGUAUUUGUUUUAAUCAUUAAAUUUAUAUUUUUUAAAUAUAUUUCAAUGAAAAAAAUAUAUGUGGAUCUUCUUAUCUUUGUAUUCUGUAAUUUUUAUCUUCACUAUGUCCCCCUUGAAGUAAUAUAAUUCAGAUACUAUUCAUAAAAUCUUGACAGAGGUUACGAUAUUUUCUUGAAUGACUUUCUCUUUUUUUUUUUAAUUCUUCACCAACACAGUGUUGUACUUUUACAAUAUCAUCACUUUUCUCUCUUGUAUUUUCUCCCUUGUUCACAGACUUUUUCGUUUAAAUUUGAUCGAGUUUAAAAGAUAAAAAAGACAAAGUUUUGAUUGCACAGAAUGUCUCCAAGAAAUAUACCAGUUACGGUAUUUCUUAGCUUUCAUUUGUUAUGGAGAUAUUUCUUGUUGAAGAAGAAAAUAAUCUAGAUGUAAACUUUUUAUUGAAGAUAUUUUUUUUUGAGGAAGGUAAAUACAAAUUUUAGAAACUCGUUUAUAUGACAAAAUAUGCAAAUAUUAGAUUUCAGUUUGUGUGAUGUGUGAUUCGGACUAAAUGUGGAGAUUUUAGUUUGUGUGGUGUGUAACUCGGAUAAAAAUAUUAUCAAUUAUGUAAAAUUUUGUCCUAAAGAAGCUUUAAUUCUUUUGCUAAAAAUUGCCUUUGAAUAUUUGCUGAGAUUAUUUCUUUGUCAUACCAUUUUUUUUUUUUUUUGUUUGCUUAUUAGCUACUCACAAAAAAAAGUUUUCAUUUUGAGUUGACAUAGUUCUGCAAGCUAGCUAUUAUUGUAGACUGUAAAUGAAUAGGAUAACAUGAGACUCUUUGCAGAAGUAAUGUUUGCAAUUUUGUUUAGUCAGAAGAACCAAUCAACCUGCUUCAUUUCAGUUGCCAGAUAAUGUUCAAGUUUUGAGCACAAAAAAAAAAUAAUAUUUAAAGCCCUUUUUGUUGGCUGACAGUGCCUCAUGUGUUGAAAACUUUUUUUUUUUUUUAGUUCAAUGAAUUUUAUUAUCUACUUUUGUUUUCCUCAUUGCAGUUCUGUGUCUUAGCAAAAAAAAAAUGUUUUGCAGUUUAUGCUUAGAAGUUCGUACAACUAUGCCUAGUUGUGCAGUACGCUUCUACUAGCGUGCACUGAUUUGUAAUAUUCUAGCUACCUGUAACAUUUUAUUUCUGGAAAGAUAAUAUUUUCACCUUGCCAUGUCUCACUUAAGUCCAAUCCUUGAUACACAUGUGCAGUCACAAGUUAAGCAAUUUAAACCACCUGCUGGUCCUAGUAUAAAUUUUGUAAAAUUACCAGACCCUAAUCUUGUGGUGGUAAGCUAUCCCAGACUGCACCCUUUUACCAUCCUGAAACUCUGAAUUCCUAUGAAAUAUUGCUGUUCAUAGUAACGAAUGCAAUGAUACUAAAACUCCAGCCCUCACAUCUGGCCCGUGUUAAAGUGCUUUCCUGUGCCUUGAAACUAUGACCCACAGUGUGCAAUGAAGUUGCAUAGGCUUAGUUCUAUAAGUCUCAUGAUUUUUCUCUUGAAAACUUAUGGCCCAAGUUAAAAAAAAAAAGAUUGAGACGGUAUGGAACCACAAAAAUGUCUGAAAGGUUUUAGUUGUUGUUUUUUUUUCUCUCUCAAUGACCAACAUUGCUAACAUGGUUUUGUUGUUGUCUAAUUUAUGAACGAACUCAUUAGUUCCCAUGUUGUACACUUGCAAAAAUGUUAUUAACGCUGUAUUUAGUAAGGCACCACUUAGUGAAAUCAGUGCUUUGUAUGCUUAUAUAUUUAGAUUCUUUUAUAAAGUAAACAUGGCUAAAAAAUGUUGUGAGUUAUGGCUCUUGAAUGUACUGAAGCUAGAAAAAAUGGGACAUUCAUUUGUCUUUUUCUUGAGAUGAUUGUCAUUUACCUCAUUAAAUGUGAUAUUUAAUCUAAGUGUAGCAAUGUAAAAAAAAAAAAUAAAUGAACUUUUCAUUUGUGGUUAUAUCAUAGUUAUAGUUUCUAAGACAAAUCCAUGAAAUCAAAGAAGUCUAGUAAGUGUUCCUUAUUCAGCAUAGUCCAUAUAAACAUUGCCAUAGUCCAUAUAAACAUUGUAUCAAUUGAAAAGAUUUGUUUAUAAGUAAACUAUUUACAUGAAAGUUCAUGAAGAACUUAACAUCAAAAUGUACAUGUUCAACUUAUUGCAAUAACUCGUAUGUCAAACGUUUAUGCGUUCCAUGGGCUGUUUAGACAUUGGGACAUCUUAACUCUUUCUCUCUUAAUUGAGGAUGUUAGCGUUGGUUUGAUUCCAUUACACUAAAUUGAUUUUUUGGAUUUAUACAUUUUAUUUUGUGUUGUGUAAAAAGAACAUGCAUUCUCCUAUAAUUCGAUACCAUAAAAAGCAUUAUCUGAUAGCAAACAAAAAAAAGUUAUCAAAGCUUAAUCAGAACAGGAUAGUGAAAUACAAAUGAGGAAAAGGAAUAACACUAUCGGAACGAGGAAAAUAAUUACGGAGAGAAAGAUGUAAGAAAUUCUAGACUCCCAAUGGAAUAGCAAAUCGUUGAAUUGAACAGAAAGAGAGAUAACUCUGGAAUGAUACGUCUCCCACAUUCAUUGUUUUGUGUCUUCAAUUUUGUCCCAUUGCUAUGUUUGUAUAUAAGACUGGAUUUAUUCUUUGACCUUUGAUGUGUAUGUAAUAAAGAUUUUGGUCAGCUUGAA